AUGGGACAAGCGGCUCCGGCCGGGGCGGAUGUGCUGCAAAUAACCCUGCCGGGGCCGGCCCCCCUUGCCGAGGCCGCAGCGCCCUAUAAAGGCAGCCAGGGAGCCGGGGCAGCCAGCCCAGCUCGGGGAGGCACCAUGAGGGCCCUGCUCCUGCUCACCCUCCUGGCCCUGCUCGCCCUCGGCCUCUGCCGCAGAGAUGGCUCUGCCAGCACCAAGGACUCGCCCAGCUCCGAAGCCUUCAUCUCCAGACGCGCCAGCGCCGAGCUGGUGCAGAGGCAGAAGCGCAAUGCCGGCCAUGGCAGCAGCGGCCCCGGGGCCCCGCCGGACCCGCUGGAGGCCAAGCGCGAGGUGUGCGAGCUCAACCCGGACUGCGACGAGCUGGCGGAUCAGGUCGGGCUGCAGGAGGCGUACCGGCGUUACUACGGGCUGGUGUGA